CUGCAGUCUCGAGAUUCAAUAUAUAAUCACGGAAAGACAUCAAAUUCGUUCAAAUUGAUUUCCAAAAAUGUCUUAUUCUCCUUCUGUUAUCUUUACAACUUAAAUCCCCCGCAUCAUGAGAUCUGCGUUGACAUCACAUCUCAAUAUCAUUAAAAAUCAUUUUAAUACAUCCAUUAAGCCUACUCAUUCAAGGUCAUUUAUUGUCCCCUUAAAAAAGUACGUUCUGCGUGAUGAGUGUCUUUCUCGAUAUAUCUUCUAUUUGCUCCCUUGCGUCAAAAGCUUUGUCAUACCCGAGGUGUUUUGACAUGCUUACGUACAAUUGGACUGUGUUUCCGUUAUCCCACUUGCAAAUUCUUAAAUGACACUGUUACUCUAGCUCCUACUCCAUUUUCUGAUAUUGUUCACCUGAGACUUUGGUCCUAACUUUCAGUGCAGCAUUAGUAUGUCGAAGUUCAAUAUUAAUUCGAAACUUCAGAUGAACUCGGGAUAUGAAAUUCCUAUCCUAGGCUAUGGAGUCUAUCAAACGUGGGAAAUACCCUACAAUCAAACUAUGAGCUAAACUGAUGUCAAACUUAGUCCAGCAUCUCAAUGCGAAGAUCUAGUGACCAAGGCUUUUGAUGCAGGCUAUCGACAUGUAAGGAGAGUCCCAGAGAAAAGGCAUCUGUCAUUCCUCUAACAUGACGCAGGUUGAUUCGGCAGCAGCAUAUCGAAAUGAAGGUCCUUGUGCUGCCGCCAUACAAAGAUCAAGUAUUCCUCGUGAGGAUAUCUUCUUUACUAGCAAAAUUCCACCUCGCUCCUUGAGCCAUGAGAAUACCAAAGCACAAGUUGCCAAAACGCUUAUGGAGACCGGACUUGAAUACAUUGAUCUCAUGCUCAUUCAUGCUCCAUACGGAGGACGAGCUGCUCGUAAAGGUGCUUGGAAGGCUCUUGUGGAGGCUCAGGAAGAAGGCAAGAUCCGCAGUCUUGGUAUUAGUAACUACGGUGUCCAUCAUCUGGAUGAAAUGGAAGUUUACAUAAAAGAGCUCGAAGAGGAGAGGGGCAAGGGCAGAGGUGGUGUGAUUGAUGUUGGCCAGUGGGAGCUCCACCCGGUAGGCUGUCAUGUGAUUUGUUCUUCUUAAAAUCCGGCACUCAUGCUUUUUGGCCAUGUAUACAACUACCUGGCCAAGGAUUGGAGAAACUUUCAUUGCUUGGAGGCUAACUUCAAACUUAGUGGCUCGCUCGAUCAGAUAUCAUUUCGUGGUGUCAGCAGCGAGGCAUUGUAGCAGAGGCGUACUCCCCUCUUGUCCGUGGCGAGAGACAUGACUCCAAACUUCUUCAACCGCUCACCAAGAAGUACAACAAAACGCCGGCCCAGAUUCUACUGAGAUGGAGUUUACAAAAGGGUUUUGUCCCUUUGCCGAAAACUGUUACCCCCGGCAGAAUUAAGGAAAACGCCGAUAUUUAUGACUUUGAGCUUACAGCAGAGGAAAUGGAGGGGCUGGAAACUGGGGACUACUAUUCUUGUACCUGGGAUCCUACUGUUGCUAGUCUGGAACAAUAGACGCACAAAUGCGAUAAUUCCUUGUGAAUUUACUAUAAAUAUGAGUUGUUGCGGAGUGUAUUCCA